UGCCCGCAUAGACACAGCACCCGUCAGCAACCAAUAAUAAAGUCGGCGCUGGGCUCAGCGCUCCUCCUCUCUUCUUUCUUUCCCCAAUUCAUCCAGCUCCACCGGUGCCAAUUCGGCAGCUGCUAGCUGUGACACACACCGUUGCCUUUUCCUUUCCCCGGCGGCGGGAGGCGCGGCGAUGGAGCGGGCGGAGGCGGAGGUGGAGAUGGCCGGCAACGGCGACGCAGUCCACACGCCCCACUCCGCGCCGCCGACGGCGCCGUCGGCGCGGGUGUCGAUCUGGGAGUCGGUCCGCGCGUGCGGGGUGUGGGGCCGCGACGUCGACAAGGCCGAGCUGCGGCGCCGCGUCGUCAUGCCGCUCUACGCGCGGAGGGCCGUCGCCGCCGCCGUCGCCGAGAAGGACGAGGCCGCCGGCGUGGCGGCCGCCGCGGCGGCGAGGGACGAGGCGGUGGGGGGCGCGGAGGAGGAGGACGGGCUGGAGGUGGUGACGCCGAUGGUCGUGUUCGUCAACUCCAAGAGCGGCGGGCGCCACGGGCCCGAGCUCAAGGUGCGGCUCCACGAGCUCAUCAGCAAGGAGCAGGUCUUCGAUCUUUCUGUUGUGAAGCCUUCUGAUUUUGUUCGCUAUGGUUUGGGCUGUUUGGAGAGGUUGGCUGAUCAAGGUGAUAACUGUGCAAAGGACAUCCGUGCAAAUUUGAGGAUUAUGGUUGCUGGAGGUGAUGGCACUGUUGGUUGGGUACUUGGAUGUCUCCAAGAACUUAAUAAGUCAAAAAGGGAACCAGUUCCUCCCACAGGAAUCAUUCCACUUGGGACAGGAAACGACCUUGCUAGAUCAUUUGGAUGGGGUGGCUCUUUUCCCUUUGGUUGGCGUUCAGCUGUAAAGCGAUAUCUCAACAAGGCAGUGUCUGCUUCGGUCGUCCAUCUUGACAGUUGGCAGGCUGUGAUUAGGAUGCCAGAGGGAGAAAUAACAGAGUUGCCACAUGCACUUAAGAAAGCGGAACCUGCUGAUCAGCUGGAGUUCAGCAAGGCAAGUGGCAGUGAGUUAACCGAAAAGGCUUCUUGCUAUAAAGGAGUAUUCUACAACUACCUUAGCAUUGGGAUGGAUGCCCAAGUUGCAUAUGGCUUCCACCAUCUACGAGAUGAAAAGCCAUAUCUUGCUCAAGGACCAGUUGCAAAUAAGUUGAUUUAUGCUGGAUAUAGCUGCACGCAGGGAUGGUUCUGUACCCCUUGUACAGCAAGUCCUCAGCUAAGGGGACUUCGGAACAUUUUGCGGCUUUACAUUAAAAGGGCCAAUUGUUCUGAAUGGGAGCAAAUUCAAAUGCCUUCAAGUGUUAGAUCCAUAGUGGUCUUAAAUCUGGACAACUACGCCAGUGGAAAGCAUCCAUGGGGUGAUCUUAAACCGGAUUAUCUUGAAAAGAAAGGUUUUGUUGAAGCUCAUUCAGACGACGGUUUGAUUGAAAUAUUUGGUCUGAAAGAAGGUUGGCAUGCUUCAUUCGUUAUGGCUGAGCUUAUCAAAGCAAAGCACAUUGCUCAGGCUGCAGCUAUCAAGUUUGAAAUGAGGGGAGGCGAGUGGGAUCGAGCAUAUGUUCAAAUGGAUGGUGAGCCAUGGAAACAACCACUCAUCCAGGACCAGUCGACAAUCGUGGAAAUAAACAAGGUUCCCUAUCAUUCCCGGAUGAUAAACGGGGAUUCAUGAGAUUUCCCUAUGUCAAUCAGGGUUACACUCUAGAUCGGUAGGCUAUGUACAGUUUAGGAGCAGCUGGAGCUAGAAUCGUAGAGAUGGCUCAGCUGCAGAGAAGAUGAUGCAAUAUUUAUUGGCCUUUACCAUGCCAUGGUCGAGUCAUGGCAGGAGCACAAUGCGCCACCAUGUACUGUUGUAUCAUAUAUAUAAGUUAUGUUGUAUCCUAGUUCCUUUUUUUUGCGGGGGAAAACAAUUUGAACUUGAUUUGUAUUAUUUCUUGUCUCUGGUAUACAACCAGAUGAAAACCACCAUGUAAGAUCAAGUUAUUAUGCUUUGUGUUCAAUCCAACAACUCUUUUCCCUCCGAAA